AUGAUUAUUUCCACUACUUCGAAUCCUGUCGUGGCUCCAAUCCAAAGUAACAGUAUACCGAAAUAUCGUCAAGAAUCGCCGAAAACUCCACCUCAUGUUGUACUGCAUUAUUUAACUUUUAAAACUGCCUGGGAUUGGAUUAUAUUUCUGUUAACUGGAUAUACAUGUAUUAUAAUACCCUACAGUGUUGCAUUUGGUCAUCAUUCAUUAUCUGAAGAGUCAGUAUAUUUUGCUGUAGAGCAUAUAGUUGAUAUCAUAUUUUUCAUUGAUAUUGUAUUAAAUUUUCAUACAACAUUUGUUGGACCAUCUGGUGCUGUUAUUUCAGAUCCUGUUUUAAUACGUUUAAAUUAUUUGAAGGGUUGGUUUGUAGUCGACCUGAUAUCUUCACUACCAUUUGGAAUUCUCGCAGUAUUUAGUGAUAAUGCAACACUGUUGAAUUUGUGCAGCAUACUUAAAUUGGCUCGUUUAUUGAGAUUGUGUCGUGUUCUGAGAAAGUUGGAUCAAUAUCUAGAAUACGUGGCAUCAAUCCUGUUAGUUAUGCUAUUCUGUUUCAUAUUGUUAGCACAUUGGCUAGCCUGUGUCUGGUAUUUAGUUGGAAUGCAUGAUUUGAAGGAUAAAAUUUAUCAUGGAUGGAUUAUACACUUGGUAAAUGAAACAACUGGUCCAAAAAACUGGAGUAAUACUUCAUGGGAAGAUCAUUUGCCAUCACAGUCUAUGCUGUAUAUGACAUCAUUUUAUUUUACUCUUUCUGUGAUCACAAGUAUUGGAUUCGGAAAUGUAGCUGCUAAUACAACUUCAGAAAAGAUUGUCUCUGUUGUUUUCAUGUUGAUUGGAGCACUUGUUUACGCAACAAUAUUUGGUAAUGUUGCAACAAUUUUACAACAAACACAUGCAACUCGAGCUAGACUUAGACAGUUAAUGUCUAGUGUAAAAGAUUUUCUGAGAAUUCAUGAAGUACCAAAAGAAUUGGCUGAACGUGUCAUUGACUAUGUGACAUCAAGUUGGUCUAUUACUAAAGGUGUAGAUACGCAAACAGUACUUAAUCAUUGUCCAAAAGAUAUGAAAGCUGAUCUAUGUGUUCACCUCUAUCGGGCUGUAUUUAGUGAACAUCCAGCAUUUCGUUUAGCAAGUGAAAGUUGUCUACGUGCUUUAGCUGUUUCAUUUACUGUUCAGCAUACAGCUCCUGGAGAUUUAAUUUUCCAUCAAGGUGAAAGUAUUGAUCAGUUGUGUUUUGUUGUAUCCGGUUCUUUAGAGGUGAUACAAGAUGAUGAAAUUGUAGCUAUUCUGUCUAAAGGUGAUAUAUUCGGUCAACCAAUAUUUAAAGAUACAGAUGUUGGCCAAAGUGCUGCCAGUGUACGUGCCUUAACCUAUUGUGAUUUACAGUGUAUUAAACGUGACAAACUUAUAGAUAUAUUGAAAUUUUAUUCACAAUUCGCUGUUUCAUUCUCUCGUACACUUGUAUUGAGUUAUAAUUUAAGAAAUCGUUUAGUAUUUCGAAAGAUAUCUGAUGUACGACGAGAACAAGAAUUAAAUGAAAUGCGACGUACACAACCACCAAUAUCAAGUUUAGCACCAGAUCAUCCAGUUCGACGAUUAAUAUCCCGGUUCUGUAGUGUGGCUACAUCGAAUUUAAGUCGAUCAAGCUCAUUCAGUUCAAAUGAACCAAGAGAAAGUGGGAAAACUAGUGCAAAGUCGAAUGACACUUCGUUAAGUGUUACUGGUCCAAUGCCAGACGCAGUAACUUCACUGGCUACUUUAAUAAGUGUAGCUAAACCAAAAUUAAGCUGGAGCAAACUUCUCGAUGUGCCCAAAACACCAGCAGCAGCAACAACAACAUCAAAUACAACUACUUGUAGUACUACUAUUACUACUACUAAUACUAAUACUAAUGCUAACAAUACCACUACUACGAACACAGUCAGAAUAACAACCUCUAGGCGAUCAUUUACACAAGAGAAAGAAGCAUUAGCAGAUAAAGAAGUCACCUUAUCAAAAGAAUUACUGCAUAAACCAAACUGUACUGAUUUAAUUUCUUAUUCUUCAACUGAAAUUGAUAUUGAAAGUGUACAAGAAAAUUUUCACAAAUUAGUUAUGUCACACAUUGAAUCGUUAAGAAGUAAUUUUUUAACUAAUAUACAAAUUUUAUCAGCGCGUAUAGAUAUAAUUGAUCAGAGGAUAACUCAAAUAAUGCAUUUUGUAAAUAGUAAUAGUAGUAGUAACAAUAAUAGAUGGAAUAAUCAUAUACUGUAUAAUAACUGAUUGUAUUCUCAAGAUUAUACUACUGAAAAUGGAAAUAGUAGUAUUAGUAGCAGCAUCAGCAGUAAUACUAUCAGCAGUGAUAAUAGCAGGUAGCAGUAACAGCAAACAACCAAAGAAGAAUUUUUUAAAGAAAAACAGAAGAUUAUCUUGAAGCUCUUU